CCGCUUUCCCUCUUCUGCGCGUGCAUACAAUUAGGCGGUCAUCCCUCUCUCAGUUCAUCAAACCUUCCGUUACUUGCUGUCUCUUUCCUUCUCUGUGUAUCUGUCUGUGAAUUCUGAGAAAACUCGGGAGAGUGAGAUUGAUGGAGGAGAGUGGAAUAGCAGUAGCAAACAAUGUUGCAAAAGCCAUACUCGCCGCCCUAGAUUGGAGUUCCUCUCCCGAUGCCAGAAAAGCCGCCGUUUCUUACUUAGAAUCUAUCAAAGCAGGGGAUGUACGUAUUUUGGCUAACACAUCAUUUAUUUUGGUGAAGAAGGAUUGGUCUUCAGAAAUUCGGUUGCAUGCUUUCAAGAUGCUGCAGCAAUUAGUGCGAUUACGGUGGGAUGAAUUAAGCCCUGCAGAGCGAAGAAACUUCACAAAUGUUGCUAUAGAGUUGAUGUCUGAAAUAGCAAAUGCGUGUGAUGAAUGGGCUUUGAAAAGUCAGAUGUCUGCUCUUGUUGCUGAGAUGGUUAGGAAAGAAGGCCCAAACCUGUGGCAGGAUCUUCUUCCAUCUCUAGUUUCUCUUUCAAACAGUGGUCCUGUACAGGCUGAGUUGGUUUCGAUGAUUCUAAGAUGGCUUCCUGAAGAUAUUACAGUUCAUAAUGAAGAUUUAGAAGGUGAUCGGCGCAGAUUAUUGUUACGUGGACUUACUCAAUCAUUGCCUGAAAUUUUACCUUUGCUAUACACUUUAUUGGAUAGGCACUUUGGAGCUGCUUUGAAUGAAGCAGGUAGACAGCAACUGGACCUAGCAAAACAGCAUGCAGCCACAGUAACUGCUACUUUAAAUGCUAUUAAUGCAUAUGCUGAAUGGGCUCCUGUACCUGACCUAGCAAGAUAUGGCAUAAUUCAUGGAUGUGGUUUCUUACUUUCUUCACCUGAUUUUCGUCUUCAUGCAUGUGAGUUUUUCAAACUCGUCUCACCAAGGAAGAGACCUGCUGAUGACUCAGCUUCUGAAUUUGAUUCUGCUAUGAGCAAUAUCUUCCAUAUACUUAUGAAUGUAUCUAAAGAUUUCUUGCUUAGAUCAAGCGCAGGCUCUGGGGUUAUUGACGAAAGUGAAUUUGAGUUUGCGGAAUACAUAUGUGAGAGUAUGGUGUAUUUGGGUUCUUCAAACUUGCAAUGUAUUUCUGGGGAUAGCAUAGUUUUCUCUUUUUAUCUUCAAGAGAUGCUUGGAUACUUCCAACAUAGGAAACUGGUGCUUCAUUAUCAAGGUCUACAUUUUUGGCUGGCACUGAUGAGAGAUGCAGCAUCAAAACCAAAGAAUGUUGCACAUGCUGCCACAGACGGUUCAGUUAGCAAUCUUCCCUCUGGUUCAGGACAGGGUGAUAAUGAAAAGCAGAGGUUAUUAACUUUCCUGAGCGAUGAUAUCUGUAGUUGUAUAUUGGAUAUAUCCUUCCAACGAAUGCUCAAGAAAGAAAAAGUUCUCCCAGGAUCAAAACUUUCUGUUGGGUCACUGGAGUUGUGGAGUGAUGAUUUUGAGGGCAAAGGAGAUUUCAGCCAGUAUCGUUUUAAGCUUUUGGAGCUGGUCCGUUUUGUUGCUCUGAUUAAGCCCCUUAUAGCUGCUUCAAAGGUUUCUGAAAGAAUAAUUAUGAUUAUAAAGAGUAUAUUACUUGCUGCUGUGCCUGCACAGCAGGAUUUGGCUGUAAUGGAAAGCAUGCAAUUGGCUUUGGAGAAUGUUAUUAGUACAGUUUUUGAUGGGUCAAAGGAAUUUGAUGGGAGCCUCUCUGAGAGUCAACUUGCAUUGUGCAGAAUAUUUGAAGGUUUACUUCAGCAACUUCUUUCUUUGAAAUGGACCGAACCUGCAUUUGUGGUAGUGCUUGGGCACUAUUUAGAUGCAGUAGGCCCCUUUCUCAAGUUUUCCCCAGAUGCAGUUGGUAGUGUCAUAAACAAACUAUUUGAGCUUCUAACCUCAUUACCCAUUGUACUGAAGGAUCCCUCUACAAGUAUCGCCCGGCAUGCAAGGUUGCAGAUCUGUUCAUCAUUUAUCCGAAUAGCCAAGGCUGCUGACAAAAGCCUUCUUCCCCACAUGAAGGAAAUUGCUGACACCAUGGCACAUUUGCAAAAAGAAGGUCGUUUGCUUCGUGCAGAGCAUAAUCUUCUAGGUGAAGCAUUUAUGGUUAUGGCUUCAGCAGCUGGGAUUCAACAGCAACAAGAAGUUUUGGCUUGGUUACUUGAGCCAUUGAGCAAGCAGUGGACACAACCAGAGUGGCAAAAUGCUUAUCUGUCGGAUCCUACAGGCUUGGUUCGCUUGUGCUCUGAAGCACAAGUCAUGUGGUCACUUUUCCAUACUGUGACAUUCUUUGAGAAGGCACUUAAGAGGAGUGGUUUCAGAAAAAGCAAUAUAAACUCGGAGAUCAAUUUGACUGGAGGUUCUGCUCUGUUGCAUCCAAUGGCUUCUCAUCUAUCAUGGAUGAUUCCUCCUCUCUUGAAACUGCUUCGAGCUAUACAUUCUCUUUGGUCUCCACCUGUAACUCAUUUGUUACCUGGAGAAAUAAAAGCUGCAAUGAUUAUGAGCGAUGUUGAGAGAACCACUCUUAUUGGGGAAGGUAACCCUAAAUUGUCAAAGGGGGCACUAACAUUUGCCAAUGGAUCUCAGGUUGAUGUGAAUAGGGAAGGUUAUACAGAAUCAAAUGAGACUGAUAUACGAAAUUGGUUGAAAGGAGUUAGAGACAGUGGGUAUAACGUAUUGGGCUUAGCAGCAACUGUUGUGGAUUCAUUUUUCAAGUGUCUGGAUUCUCAUUCUGUUGCCCUCGCACUGAUGGAGAAUAUACAGUUCAUGGAGUUCAGGCAUAUCAGGCAGCUUGUACAUUCGAUCCUGAUUCCAUUAAUAAAAUGUUGCCCUCCAGAUAUGUGGGAGGAGUGGUCAGAAAAGCUCCUGCAGCCACUGCUUCUUCACACUCAGCAGGCUCUUAGCUGCUCAUGGUCUAGCCUUUUACAUGAAGGCAGAGCAAAGGUUCCAGAUCUUCAUGGCAUACUUACCGGCUCUGACUUGAAGGUGGAAGUAAUAGAGGAAAAGCUACUUCGAGCUUUGACUCGUGAGAUUUGUUCACUCCUCUCAGUUUUAGCUUCACCAGGACUAAAUCCCGGGCUUCCUUCUCUAGAACAGUCUGGGCAUGUCAGCCGCACAGACACAUCUUCUCUCAAAGACUUGGAUGCAUUUGCCUCAAUUUCUAUGGUUGGUUUUAUUAUGAAGCACAGAGGUCUUGCCCUUCCAGCAUUGCAGAUAACUUUAGAGGCUUUUAAAUGGACUGAUGGUGAAGCUUUGCCUAAAGUCUGUUUGUUUUGUGGAGCUGUAAUUCUUCUGGCUGUCUCAACUAAUAAUAUCGAACUCCAACAGUUUGUUUCAAAAGACUUGUUUUACGCAAUUAUACAAGGUCUAGCUCUUGAGUCAAAUGCUAUUAUCAGUGCUGAGUUGGUUGGUCUUUGUCGUGAAAUCUUUGUUUAUCUCUCGGAUAGAAACCCAGCACCCAGGCAGAUUUUGCUCUCCCUUCCUUGCAUAAGUCUCCAAGAUCUGCAUGCUUUUGAAGAAGCUUUGACAAAGACAAGUAGUCCCAAGGAACAGAAGCUGCAUAUGAAGAGCUUGCUAAUGUUAGCCACUGGAAAUAACUUGAAGGCACUUGCUGCUCAGAAGAGUGUCAACGUAAUUACAAAUGUUUCAGCCAGACCGCGCAGCAUGGUCUCAGCGCCAGAAUCCAAAACCGAUGAAGGGGAUGUUGUGGGAUUGGCAGCAAUUAUAUAAUGGAUAUAGCGUGGCAGCCUUUUUUUUUUUUUUGUACAGGGACAACUGUGACCUUAAUAGUCCUGCUGAAGUGAUACAGUAUUACAAGGAAAUUUUUUAGCCAGAAAUCUAUAAGGUUGUGAAAACAUUUAUUUCCCCGGUUAUAUCAGAUGAAAGUUUGACGCGUUCUGUAUAAUUACCAUUGAUUAUAUAUGCUCUUGCUUAAA